GAGUCUUGAAAAACACUUGGAAGAGAUAAGAAAAAGCAAAGAUGAUUACUUUAAGCUAGCUUUGUACACAAUAUUACCGAAACUACAGUCACGAGAUUGCAGUACAGGCGAUAGAAUGAUAUCUGCAUAUUGCCUCAUCGGUUUGUAUCUCCCAUACGAACUAUCACUCAAUCCAUUCCUAAGUUCAGUUAAACAAGUUUUAGAUGAAGAGAUUGACGUCAAUGGUGACGCUUUACUCGUCUGGUUCCUUGCUACUGUCACCAAAGAUGCUAGCUCAUUUGGACAUUUUAGCAAAAUGACAUUAAAUGAUAUUAAAGAUGAGUUCGAGAGGACCUCUACGCAUUCAGUCAGUCAAUACCGGAAUAUAGAGAAAGAGAAAGAGAAAGUUAGAACAGAGUAAGAGUAGCUGCUGUUACACAAUAAGUGGACUCGGAUUUAACAAUGUCUCAGUGAACAACUACAGGCACUCCUUCAAAAGGCAUCAACUUCAACGCUCAAUAUGUCUGAGCAAAGAAAAUUAAAAGAAAAUGCAUACCUCAUCAAUACAGUAGAUAUACCCCCACAUCAUAUACCCGGUCUUAUCAACUUCAACCCGCAUAUAGCAGACACUGUACUCCUGCCAGUGCUGGGGGUAUCACCAACGCAUCUUUCGCAGUUGACGACGCUUCCACCUCAGAAAUCUGUUGUACACGUUAUGGCAAACUUAACAAAAUCAGCACCAGAUUUAAUCAAAUCAACAAUACUAGGACUAUUUAUAAGUAAUGCUAUCAAUUGGAUAAACACAGCUGAAGAGAUUGAAGAAUCUGGGGUUAAACUUCUGUGCAUGUUCCUUAAGACGAUUAUCAAUCAAGGGGUUUUAACAAAAGAGGACACAAUCGUUGUCGAAAUUAAUCAUUUUUGUUUGGCGUAUUCAAAGUAUAGUGACGCAAUAGCUUUGUAUACUCAACUAACUUGAUUAGAUAAAAAUUUUUUGAUACGUAUAAAUUUGAACAACCUUCACGCGUCCGCUAAUUUAACUUGAACAACUAGAACCUAUCUUAGCUGUUUAGUUGCCAUUCCUGGUAAAUUUAGUCACAUUCCAGUGAAUAACCUUCAAAGCAAAGGACUGGAACGAGAAUUAGUUUCAGCGUUCUUCCAAAGUCAUAGAGAAUCGUUACAUAGCAAUUUCAAUCCUGAUAUCAAUAGUGGUAUGCACAAGGUUCUCGGAUUUCUAAGCGUUUUGAUUUUGCUUCUCGCAUGCGCGUAUGGCCAAGAUGAUAAUAGUAGUAGUACAUCACUUGUGGAAAAUACUUCCACAACCUACACCGCGACAGCUACUUCCAUUACAAUAACUAGUGAAUCAUCUUCAAUACCAACUCAAACAUACGUACCAAUCGGCAAUGGCAACAAUGACACUAACGAUGAAAAUUUCGAUGACGAAGAAGACAAAAAAGACGAACUUCCAUUAACGAUAAAGAUUACUCCUGCAUUGGGUGUACUUGGAGCUGUCCUGAUAAUUACAGCCGUCCCGUUAGCUAUAUUAGGUAGCACAUCGAGAUGGACAGGUGUAUGUAUACCUGUGGCCUAUGGAUCAAUGAUUGCACUUAUGUGCAUACUGUUAUCGACAGUGGUAUUGCCUAAAUUACAUUCAAUCAACCCUUCAAGAGCAUCCAAAGCAUUAGAGGGUGAAAUUCUCGUCGGAUGUGCUAUCUUAGGUAUCAUCGCGGCAGUUGUCAGCUGGUGGUUCCAACGUUAUGUCGCUUAUGCAGUAUGUGGAUUUGCAGGUAUGACGCUCGCCUGGUGGAUCCAAUGUUUGCACGAUGGAGGCGUUAUCCAUUCUAUGGCUGGUAAAUGGAUCUUCUACAUUGGUUUAGGCACGGUUUGUGUUGUCGCCUCUUUUCAUCCAAAAGUAAUGCCACAUCUCCUGCGCGUAUCUACGUCCCUUAUUGGUUCUUCGGCAUUCAUAAUAGGUAUAGACUGUUUCGUCAAGAGUGGCUUGAAAGAAUUUUAUGUUUACAAUUUAGGAUAUGACACUCUUUAUCCGCCUAUUAGCAAAAACAUGGAUUUCUUGCUUACGCAAACUGAGAUAAUCCUUUUGGCAGUUAUAGCAGCUACAACGCUGCUCAGUUUAGCAUUACAAUACCGUCUCGCUAUACUCGCAGGUCGCAAGGCAAAAAUGGGAAGAGACGAGGAAGCCGCUCGCGAUAUGGGCUUAGAUCCAGACGAUACAGACGUCGACUCACUUGAAAUGAAAAGAAACAAACGUAGAGAUGAUGCUCGAUUUGCAUGGGAAAAUCAAAACGGUACACCACGUGGAGCAAUAGCUGCUGCGAAGUAUGCCGUAUCCAACGCACUCUUUAACAAAUCAUCUACGCCAAUAAAUGUAAAUCUUCACGAAGACGAGCGUCACAGUGGCAGCAUGGAAAAGAAUAGUUAUGGAGACAGUAAUAAUGUUAGUCCGCAACUUGGUCAAGAAUUUCCACAAAUGCCUGCUCCAGAAAUAAUAGAUAGACCGCCAAGUCCAAAUAGGUCACCUCCACCGUUGUUACCACCGCUGUCAAGCUUCUCAGGUCCAUCGGCGGCAGCACCAGAAGAUGUAGAAACUAAUGAUCCACCACCUGCCCUCCCUGCUCCAAUGAAACCAGAAGUACAAGAAGGACCACUUCCUGCCCUUGAUUUAGGGUUCGGAUCAGAGAUGCGCACUGAAUUGGGACUUCCCGAACCAGACCCAGAAGAACUCAAAGCGGAAGCGCAGAUGGCUAAAGUAAAAACACUAGAACCUGCUAUACCUCCACGUCCAGAUGGAAAGAGACAGAGAGCGCCAUCUGCGCCAACGUUACUCAAUCGCCAAUCAUUUGAUAAAGCUCAAGAAGACCUCAAACAAAAAGAAGCACUUCUGAGUGAUAUAGCCAAUAUCCGUAAAUCUAUUGAUGAAUUGAGAAGUAGGAGUACUGAUGAGCUGCGCAACACAGCGGACGAGGACGGCAAGGCUGCUAGUAGAUCCAUGGCUGAUUUCCCAAUUAGGAAAAACAGCAAAAGGAUGAGAGCUCAGUCGACGCAAUCAUUUGCCAAGGCAGUUAAUAAGCCGAAUGAUGAGGAAGCUCGGUUGUCAGAAUGGGAGCAAUACGUACGUUCUAGACAACUCUACGCACCACCUUCUGGAGUUAGUAGACAAAUUAAUCAAGAUGAUAAUAUUGAAGUCAGCCCAGCGGUAGCUGCUGCCAUGGAUCGUAGACGUCGUGCACCAGAUUUCAAUUCGCUUGUCGGUGGUAAAUACAUGCCAACUAUGGUACAAUCAGAAAAACAGGUUUCACAUGAAGACUACCAGAGCAUCUCGCCGAAGCAGGUAGACGAUGGAACUCAUUCCCGAUCACGAAAGAGUAGCGUAACCUAUGAAAAUAUAGGUAGAGCAACGCCGACAUUGGCUAAUAGGCCAGCACCUAGAAAGUCGUACUCAAAUGAUACUGUCACAGGCAAUAUGGCCUACGCUCGCACAUCUACACCAAACACCUUGUCAAAAUUCGACAGCAGCGAUUAUGGAGGUUAUAACAACCGUAAUAGGAGUAGAAGUAUGACAGUCGAGGAACUUCAAGCUAGACAUAGGGCCCAUCUAUCAAGAUUACAAUCACCGAUUAAUCAGAAAUUUGAGCAUGAUAGGCGUAUGUCAGAAUUUCAAGCAUACCAAGCAUAUAAGCAAAGACCCCAGUAAUGAUGUUGUAAUGACGUGUAUUUAUUAAUUUAUUAAACCUUUUAGAUCUCGUGAAUGAUUGAUAUAAUGCUGAUCUUUUCAAGUUAUCAGGAUCUCGUCCCGAAUACAUGAAAACAACAUUAGUGAUGCUGUAAUGCGUGUAUAUAUUAAUUAAAAUGAUUAAAAGCUUCCACUUUAGACAUCUUGUAUAGGAGCUGUUUCCCAAAUAUCCAAUAAUUGUUGUCCAAUUCCAGGUUCGACCUCUGUACCAUCCCGCGAAACUUUUAUUUCACGGUUGCCAUUGAAGUGAUUACGAAUUUUUGUAUAAGAGAAAGGUAAGAAUUGGACUUUUAACCAUUCUAAACUGAAACUAUUUUCUAUAAUUCCAGAUGUCAUUUUAGCAUAUCCGAACCAUCCGCCGGAUCUAUUAAUUGAGAAUAGUAAAAUAACCUGUUUUGAAGAUCUAUAUGCUUUGUCUAAAACGUAUUCAUUAUGCGCUUGCGUGGACCAUUUACACUUUUUAACACUCUCCAGGAGGUCCUCAAAGCGAUGGCUUUUUAAAAUAAAAUAACGCGUAGGGAAGUGAUUAGUGAGGAAGGUUGACGUUGUUGAUGUUGAACUUAUUGAGCUUGAUCUAGAUAACGAUCUGUUGCUUCGCCGUUCUUCUGAUGGCUCAUUUUGUUCUGAGAUCAUUUUGACCCAGUUUCUAUGUAAUUUGCGACCUCUCUGAGAACCGACUCCGCUCGUUAACUCAGAGUUAGUAUCCCGUACACGUACGACAAGCCUUGGCGACCCCAUACGGAGCUUGCUACCAUUAAAAUCACGUAUUGCAAGAUUGAGUGAUUGUUGUGAAUUUAAAUUAACGAAACAACAUCUACUCUUAUUGAUUAAAUGCACGGAUUCAACACCGCAAUUUGGUGACAUACUACUGUACUCAUUGACACUUAACCUCGGUGAAUGCGGUGCUUGUCUUGAAAAGUAUUUAAACAAUUCCUCUACUGUACUGUCUGAUGGAAUAUUUCCUACCCAAAUGCAGUAUGUACUUUUGGCUGUGCUUGGCGGAUGAUAAGCCUUUCUUCUUGAAGUAAUCGCUGGUGGUGAUGCAACAUUCUCAAUAUGUUGCUGUUGCUGCUCUAGCGUUAUAUAGCUGCUCUGAUAACCACCAUUCGGAGGUGAUAUCAAUGGGAAGUAUAUCCACCCGGGUGCAGCAUUUGGAUUAUAAUACCCAAAGUUCAUUUUAGAUUUUUAUCUUUAA